AUGAAUAAAAGCACCAUCCGCGUAGUCGGCCUUGUCGCCGCUCUACUUGCUGCUACCGCUGCCGCCGCGCCCGUGCCGUGCGAGUCCAUCGAUGCCCUGUGGCAGGAUGAGGCCGCUGUGGCGGGCAACUUCCCCGAGUGCGAGUCCUUCUACGACGGCAGCAACCCCGAGCAGGCUGCCGAGGUAGACCCCGAGCAUCCGGACAUGAAGCGGUUUGCGCUGAACCAGCGUGAGGAGAACAUCGCCCCGGGCAACUGGCCUCCUCGUAGAGGCUCGGAACUGAGCGCACGGGGAAAUUGGCCUCCCCAGAGCGCCCAGAAGCGCAACGAGCAGACGAUCAAUGGAAACUGGCCUCCGAGACACGCCGAGCGUGCCGAGCAGCAAAUUUCCGGCAACUGGCCUCCCCGCAGCGAGCAGAGCGUCCAAGGCAACUGGCCCCCGAGCCCUGCCUACAAGCGUGCUGUGCAGGAGCCGUCAGGCAACUGGCCUCCUCGGAGCGAGCAGAGCGUCCAAGGCAACUGGCCCCCGAGUCCUGCUGGCAAGCGUGCCGAGCAUGAAGUGCCGGGCAACUGGCCUCCUCGCAGCGAGCAGAGCGUCCAAGGCAACUGGCCCCCGAGCCCUGCUCACAAGCGUGCUGUGCAGGAGCCGCCAGGCAACUGGCCUCCUCGGAGCGAGCAGAGCGUCCAAGGCAACUGGCCCCCGAGCCCUGCCCACAGGCGUGCUGGGGAGGAAACGCCUGGCAACUGGCCUCCCCGCCGCGAGUCUGAGUCCGAGUCCGAGCCGGAGCAGCAGGAGGGCGACGGCUCCGGCGGCGAUCUCUGCGGCCUCCUGGGCUGCGGCGACGACGGCACUGGUCCCAUCGGCGGUCUCAAGGAUCCCGGCCACGCAGGCGAGCAGUAA